AUGACUUUGCUGACUGCAAACAUCCAGUUUUUGGAUAUGCAACUUGCUCUCAUACAUAUACCGCUAAGUCUGUAUCGAAACUUUCUGCAAUCUGUUCUCCAACUUCUAUUACCUGGAGCUACUGGUGGAGAUGUCCAGAUUGACUCGGGGGCUGUUCAACCUCCAAAGAGUUCGCCUUAUGAACACGCGUUUGUCAACAUCUCGGUCACGCCCGUGGAAUGCUCGGUAGUGUGUUCCAGGACGCUUGCAAACGAGUUUUUUGUUCCUGUUGUUCAAUCCUUGGACGCUGAGUCUAGGAAUAGCGUCCACAUCACCACCGAAGACUUUGUGGUCAUGCAAGUUGAUGGUGAGGGCUUAGAUGCAGGGCAGCGGGUGCUAGAGCUGACAAGCCCUCUUGCGCUCGCCGGGAUUCCCAUCUUCUUCAUCACUACUUAUUUUUCGGAUUACAUACUCGUGCCGUCGCGCAACCAAUCGCACGUCAUCAAAGCCCUUGAAGAGCGUGGUUUUCAAUUUGAAAUUGAUACCUCUUCGUACGUCAAUUCCUACAACCACGGCCGUAAGGGCUCCACUCCCUCGCUCGAUAUCCCCCUUCCCAAUACACCACCUCCGGCCACCAUCUCUGAACUACAGACUCGCACCUUUGCCACUUUGAAACGCUGUAACAUAGUUCCAAGCGUAGACUCGCAUCUCCGGCUCGUGCAAUGCGCAAGCCAUAACAGGAAUACAUCCAAUGGCCUCGGUGAAUCCCGAAAUCGGUCCAGCAUGCCACCCACCAGCAGUGAAGAUGCCCUGCACCUCGGUCUCGUCAAAUGUCUCAUCACGCAACCCCAUCCCCGAUUCCUCUCCCUUACGCUGACAGACAAUGAGCCCGCAUCCCUCCUCAUUGACCAUGUGCUUCUCGAAAAUUUUGCACAGGACACGCUAUUAGGCUCAAAAGACGAGUUUCUGACGCCAAUUGCGCUAGAUUUAAGGAACUUGCCAAUGGAAAGUACGGGAAUUGUGUGUGGAGUGGCAGGGAGGUUGGUUGGGGGUACGACGAAGAAAUUGAUGGAUCCCGUGGAAAUGAGUUAUCUGAGUACGGCUAGGGCGGGGACGGUCAUGGUCGCGGAACAGGAAUUGCAGAGAGCGUUGGGGGCGUUGAGGGGUGCGGAGGAAAGCUACGCUGAUGCUUGA